AUGUCUAAGAAAAUAAAGAAAAACUUUUCAAUUAAGACCAGACAGCCUACUGAUGCCCAGAUUUUCGCUGGUGAUGAUGAGUAUACUCGGGUCAUUGACGGAAUCAAGAAGAUCUAUAAACAAAAAAUUAAGCCUGUCGAAGUAACGUAUAAUUUUGAAGGAUUCCAUUCUGCCCCUUUAACUGAUUCAGACAUUGAAGCCAAACCUAUCGUACUUUUAAUUGGUCAAUACUCCACUGGUAAAACCACUUUUAUUCGUUACUUACUGGAUAAGCCAUAUCCUGGUGAGCAUAUUGGUGUAGAACCUACUACUGACAGAUUUGUCGCUGUCAUGCAUAAUUCUGAAGAACGAGUCAUACCAGGAAAUGCUGCAGCUGUCAAUCAAGAACUGCCCUUCCAAGGUUUAAACCGUUUCGGUCAAGCGUUCUUAUCCAGAUUCCAGGUCUCGCAGAGCAACUCAGCAGCACUGGAAAAUAUGACAAUCAUUGAUACACCUGGUAUUUUAGCAGGUGAUAAACAACUUAUUGAGAGAGGCUAUGACUUUACUCAAAUAAUUGAAUGGUUUGCAGAACGAGCGGAUCUUAUUUUACUAAUGUUUGAUUCACACAAAUUGGAUAUCUCCAAUGAAUUUAAAAUGGCUAUUCACAGCUUAAAAGGCCAAGAAGAGAAAGUUCGCGUAGUGCUGAAUAAAAGUGAUAUGGUUAGCCAGCAACAAUUGAUGCGCGUGUACGGUGCGAUGAUGUGGUCCCUUGGUAAGGUAGUACAAACGCCGGAAGUUAUGCGGGUGUACUUGAGUUCGUUCUGGACAGAAAAACCACCCAAUAGUUUUGAAGAUUGCCGAGAAUUGAUAGAUGCAGAAUCCAAAGAUUUGCUAAAAGACCUUAAGGAACUAAGACGCAAUGCUGCAAUACGUAAGAUUAACGAGAUAGUAAAGAGGGCACGAUUGGCACGUGUACAUGCGUUGAUUAUCAGUCAUUUGAAGAAGGAAAUGCCAUCCAUGUUUGGAAAAAAGAAAAAGCAAGAAGCACUACUGAAGAACUUGGGAGCAGAGUUCACUAAAAUACAGCACAAGUAUCACUUGGCACAAAGUGAUUUUCCCAAUCCUGAACGGUUCAGGCAGAAUUUAGCACUUUAUGAUUUGGAUAAAUUGAAAUCAUUGAAAGAAGACCUAAUGGACAGAAUUGAAGAAGCGCUAUCUAAUGACUUCCCGCGUCUCAUGUCACAGUUGCCCAACAUGAAUCCAGAACUGGAACAUACAGAAAGGAAUCCCUUCCAAACCGAUAUAAUGGAUAGCGAAUUUCCACCACCUUCUUAUUGGCAUUUUGAUUCUGUAGAAAAACAUCGCUAUGCGCCUCAAUUUCAACAGCUUCGACCACGCGACGGUAAAGUGUCAGGCGCAGAUAUAAAGCCCAUACUGAUGGAAAGCGGGCUGCGUACAGAUCAAUUGGCCCAGGUAUGGCGGUUAGCUGACUUUGAUAAUGAUGGAUACAUGGAUCUAGAUGAAUUCUGCAUUGCUAUGCAUUUGAUAAAGGCUGUACAUAGUGGAGCUGAAUUACCUGAAAAGUUGCCCUUGAGUCUGAUGCCUAACAAAAAAAUUUGA